CCUUCUCGUCUCAACCACUGUGAAAUCCCCUCUUUCAGUUUCAGCACUGAAUCAACAUACAGCAGGAUUUUGGUCAGGCUCCAUCACUUGGUGUUCCCUUUCCCAUUAACCUCGUAUCCACUGUCUGUGGAGGUGGAGGUUACUUCUCUGCUGAAAUGUCCAAUAAUCCGCAAUAUCCUGGUUUACAGCCUCUUCGGCCUCCUAUUGCUGGUUCAAUGGAUCCUCAACGCAAUUUUGUUCCACCAAUGCCUGUUCAAUUCCGACCUGUUGUUCCUCCUCAGCAGCCGCAACAGUUCAUUUCCAUGCCUUCUCAACAUUACCAACCGGUUGGUCCUGGUGUUCCCAUGAUUAAUGUUGGAAUGCCUCCUCAAAAUCAGCAACCCCAAUUUGCUCAACCAAUUCAACAGUUACCUCCAAGGCCUAGUCAGCAGUUACCACUCCCAUCACAUCCGAUUCCAUUGCCAGUUGCUCGGCCAAACAUGCACAUGCAAUCUGAAUCUAUGAUACCUCUACCUGAUUCUCAAGCUCCAAAUGGAUACCCACCAGGUGGGCCAGGAAUACCAUUCUCUUCAUCAUAUACGUUUGCAUCAUCCUGUUAUGGUCAAGUGCAAAAUAAUUUUACUUCUACCAGCCAUUACCAACCUGUUCCUCAAAUGCAUGCUCUCACUGGUUCUUCGUCCCAGAGCAUUACAUCUGGUACAACUCUCCAGAGCAAUGGUGAACAACCUCCAGUUUCAACUGUCACGCCUUCAGCAACCAUUGUCCAGUCACACCUUGCUAAGGAUGGCUCCACAGAUUGGAUUGAGCAUACUGCUGCUACUGGAAGAAGAUUUUACUACAAUAGGAAGACAAAACUAUCUAGUUGGGAGAAGCCUUUUGAAUUGAUGACACCAAUUGAGAGGGUCGAUGCAUCAACAAACUGGAAGGAGUUUGCUAGUCCCGAUGGAAGAAAGUAUUACUACAACAAGAUCACCAAGGAAUCAAAAUGGUUAAUUCCUGAGGAACUGAAGUUGGCCCGUGAGCAAGUUGAAAAGGCAUUUGUCAAUGGAUCACGUCCUGAAGCAUUACCGAAUUCUCAUACUCAACCCUCUGCAACUCCUGUGAUUGAAGCAACACCUAGUGCAGAUAAUUCAUCUUUAACUGGUCAAGGAGAACCAUCAAGUCCUGUUUCAGUUGCUCCUGUUGUUACUACAUCUAUAAAUAAUCUACAAUCUGAGAUGACUUCUGGAUCAUCUGCCUCUCCUUCUGCAACCCCUAUAAAUGGAACAAGAGUGGAUGAAGUUGAGGCACCUGUAAAUGCUGUCACACCAUCAGAUGCUAGUGUGGGAAGUGAUAGAGCUUUUGUUACUGAUGUUAAUACUGCUAAAACACCAACGAAUGAUGCCAACAACUCUUCAGCUCAAGAUACUCCAGGUUUUACAGAUGCAGUUCCAGCUGAAGAUAAAGAGGAUGAUAAAAAUGAUUCAAUAGGGGAGAAAACUAAUGAUGUGGCCCCAGAAACAAAGGCAGUUGAGCCAGAACCCUUAGUUUAUGCGAAUAAGAUGGAGGCUAAAGAAGCAUUCAAAGCACUCUUGGAGUCUGUAAAUGUUGGAUCUGACUGGACUUGGGAUCGGGCUAUGCGAUUAAUAAUUAAUGACAAAAGGUACGGUGCCUUAAAAACACUUGGAGAAAGGAAACAAGCUUUCAAUGAGUACUUAAGUCAGAGGAAAAAACAGGAAGCGGAAGAAAAGCGUAUGAAACAAAAAAAAGCACGGGAGGAUUUUAAAAAAAUGUUAGAAGAGUCCACAGAGUUGACUUCAUCCACUAGAUGGAGCAAAGCAGUGUCUAUAUUUGAAAAUGAUGAUCGCUUCAAGGCUGUUGAGCGUGACAGAGAUCGCAGGGAUAUGUUCGAUAGCUUCUUGGAGGAACUUAUAAACAAGGAACGGGUAAGGAUACAGGAGGAACGAAAGCGAAAUAUAAUGGAAUACAAGAAGUUUUUGGAAUCUUGUGACUUUAUAAAGGCUAGCACACAAUGGCGAAAAGUUCAAGACCGCUUAGAGGCUGAUGAAAGAUGCUCUCGUCUUGAGAAAAUUGACCGCUUGGAAAUAUUUCAAGAUUAUUUACGUGAUUUAGAGAAGGAAGAGGAAGAGCAGAAGAAGAUACAGAAGGAAGAAUUGAGAAAGACAGAACGUAAAAACCGUGAUGAAUUCCGCAAAUUGAUGGAUGAACAUAUCGCUUCAGGCAUUCUUACAGCAAAAACUCACUGGCGUGAUUAUUAUUUGAAGGUGAAAGAUUUACCUGCUUAUCUAGCAGUGUCAUCAAACACCUCAGGUUCAACUCCAAAAGACUUAUUUGAAGAUGUUGCUGAAGAGCUAGAGAAGCAAUAUAGUGAAGAAAAGAGUCAAAUAAAAGAUGCGGUGAAGUUGUCAAAGAUCACAUUGUUGUCAACCUGGACUUUUGAAGACUUCAAAUCAGCUUUAUCAAAAGACAUUAGCUCUCCAUCUAUAUCUGAAUUCAACUUAAAGCUAGUGUUUGAUGAGCUACUAGAACGGGCUAAGGAGAAGGAGGAGAAGGAAGCUAAGAAGCUUAAACGUCUUGCAGAUGAUUUCUUUCAUCUACUAUAUUCUACUAAGGACAUUACCUUGUCUUCAAAGUGGGAGGACUGUAGACAACUUGUUGAAGAUAGCCAAGAGUUCAGAUCUAUCGGAGAUGAAAACCUUUGCAAGGAAAUAUUUGAGGAUUACAUCACACAACUGAAAGAAGAGGCAAAAGAGAGUGAGCGGCAACGAAAAGAGGAAAGGGCAAAGAAGGAAAAAGAUAGGGAGGAAAGAGAAAGAAGAAAAAUGAAGCAAAGAAGGGAAAAAGAGGGAGGGCGUGAAAGAGGGAAAGAGGAUGCACAUAAGAAGGAUAAAACAGACAGUGACAGUGUGGACUUGACUGAGAUCCAACCCUCCAAGGAAAAGAAAGAUGAUAACAGAAAACAACGGAAGCAGCAUCAAAGUCCUGAUGAAAUGGAUAGAGAGAGGACUAAGAAAUCUCAUGGUCACAGCAGCGACCGCAAGAAAUCAAGACGUCAUGCUGGUCAUGAAUCAGAUGAAGGCCGGCACAAAAGACACAAGAGAGACCACCGCGGUGAUUAUGGAGAUCUUGAAGAUGGGGAAUUUGGUGAUAAUGUGGAUAGAUGGUAGUCAUGUUAUUCUAUUCGAACCCCUGUGGUGAUUACCUUGUUAUGCUCAACAUGUAUUAUGUUUUUCAAAUAUUAUCAAAAUAUAAAUUUUCAAGAGAACUUCCUGGUAGGGGUAUGGGCACUUUGAUGCUUCUUAUCCGAUCUAAUUUUGGCCCAUAAGUAGCAUCAUUAUAAUUGAACAGUCUCAGAGUAGUGUUUUGAGAGCCAUACUAUACUGAAUGGGAUUCGAGUUACUUGCUAUGGUUCUUGAGAUGUCACUGAU